CCAGUGUUGAAUCAAAUUAAUGUGAUAAGAAAUUGUCUCGAUUUAUUUAUGUUUAAUGUGGUAAAAGCAUAUGAACGUGUGACACAAACUGUGAAAGUAAAAAAUGAAGCAAACAUUGUGAAAAGCAACCCCCUGUCUAGUCUUCACUGUGUUUGCUAAAGUAAUACUUAAUUAUUUAAUGUUAUAAAUAACAAAGUGAUAAAUACUUCCCAAGAAACUAGUUUAGGUAUUCGUGUGUCCAGUUUCAAGCUUUUCGGAUAUUAAGGAAAGUUAAAGAGAUAAAGAAAAACAUCAAUCGAAUGUGAUUAUCUAAUAAAUUUCCAUCACAAAUCUCCCGAACGUCUCUUAAAGAAGUCAGUAGACUAAAUUGGAUAAUUUAUGAAAUGCUUUUUGCGCUUGAUAAAAUAAUUUCAAUUCCGACAAGCGAAACCAAGUGAAAAUGAGAUCUUUCUAACAAAAGCAAAGAGACUGAGGCGGUAAAUUGUGAUAUCAAGUGAUGAUAUUUUACAGUCCAAUGGAAAUUCGACUUUGAAAGAAGUUCAACAUUUAUUCCUUCUUCCUUUUACGCUUGAUGGAUGCUACGAGAGACAGAAACAGACUGGAAUACUUUCUAACGAAUAAGAUGAUUAUGUGGAUCUUCAUAUCAUUUGGCUUGGUUUUAAGCUCUCUGUUUGAUACUUCGGCCUUCUCAAUAAACACAGAAAACCAACAGCUUUUAAAUCCUCGACAUUAUGGUGCAAGCUGCUUUGUUGGCAAUUCAAGUUACCAUCAUGGUGAAACAUUUAAGCUCGAUUGUCGGACUCAAUGCGUUUGUCAGAAUGGUCACCAUGCCUGUUCGUCGUUAUGUCCACACGAGAAUCUGCCACCUCCAGUCGACACAGCGAUUUGCAUAGCACCCAAAUUGGUUCAAUUGCCGGACCACUGUUGUCGUGUUUGGCUGUGUGAAACGCCCACGACUGACGUAAAUGCGACAUGUUUCAACGCUUCCACCACACCGUGGUCGUCAUGUUCAGAAAAUUGUGGCAUUGGGUUAUCAACACGUAAUGUAUCAACAACUCCUGGAUGUACGGAGCUUAGUAAUAUUCGUCUAUGUCAGAAUCAUCGGUGCGGCAGUUUCGUUGACAAUAACUUGAUCACCGAUACGAAUGAAGACUUGUUUUACGAUAAAAAGAAUUUUCUAGUCAAGGAGCAUAGAAUUAGAAAGGGCCAUGAAUGCCGUAGUUCCCAAAGAAAAGGUCCGUCAAGACUUCGUCUUGGACCUUGCGUAUCACGCAAACUAUUUCGACCAAAAGUAUGCGGACAAUGUCGAAGCAAAAGCAUGUGUUGUGUGCCUUUAGUAUCUUCAACUAUACAAGUAGAAUUACUUUGUCCCUUAAAUUCGGGCAGCCUAUUUGAUUUCAUAGAGUAUGGAUAUGAUUUGUGGGAUAGCAAUUCAAUCGAUCCAUUGGAUCAAGAGCUUCUCAACUCACGACAAAUUCAUAUCGAGAACAAAUUCAUCGAUGUUGAGUGGGUGGUUAAAUGUCAGUGUGCUUACAGGGGAAAGAACUGCACGUCACUACCACGUAACGAUAACUCCAUCGAGCUUCUUAGACGAGUACAUCGGACAUAAUCGCGACAAAUGCAAACAGUAGCGAACCUGCAUGAAAUACUUGCUAUUGCUUAAACAUUGUGACCUUACCACAUAGGUUAGACUUGACAUAUUUGAUUAUGAACAGGCGUUUGAAACGAGUUCUUUUAGUGUAAAUCCACUAACUUUAAGAUAACCAAACUGCACAUCGUAACACACAGUAUGUCAGAAGAAAUAAAAUGAAUUUGAAAUAUAUAAAAAAAUCACCCGGGGGAAAAGCAAAUGAACUUGAAUAAUAAGUAUAAAUGGAAGCAGCAAAAGCCAUUUGCAAAUGGUAUCAAUAAAGAACGUCUUUUUACACAAAAGCGAACAAGAAAAUCGUGAAUUUGUAUAAGAAAUGCGACCAAGAAAAAAAAAAUGUGUAGUGAACAUUAUUUUUAUUCAAUUUUAUCUGAAUGGCGUUUGCAUAUUGAUUUUGAAAUUGUUGUAAUGUAAAAUAAAACGAAAAUCCUUUUAUUCUGAUGUCUGCGGUCUCACAAAAGGUUCACUGACUCGAUCAUAAAACUUGAGUAUGAGAAGAACAUCUUUUCCUAAAUUUGAUUUAAUGCUACUAACAUGGAAGCAUAUUGACUUUAACUCUUUUCAUGAGAACCUUCAGUUUAUGACGACAGAAAGAGGCCGAUUUUAUCACAAGUUAGUUCCCUAACAACUAACCAGCACCCACAUCAUAUCACCAAUUUAAAUGUUAUAAUAAUUUAUUUAUUCAACAAAUAACAUUGAUGACGAUGUUCUUUAUCUUUCAGGUGAUGAAAAUUGAAAUCAUUAAAAAGAAUUUUCAUUUGAAAUGUAUGUGAAAGAAAAAUAAUUUCUCAUAAAAUUCACAUAGAAAAUUGCAUUAGUUUGUAGCGAUUUUAAUUUUAUUGUGAAAAGAAUUCCAAUAAAUGAUAAUUUGCAUGAACAAUAAA